AGCGCGAGUCGGUCGCUGUAUGUUGAUGACUUUAGCAAAGCUUUGAAGUUAGUUUUUGUUAAAAUGGGAUGAAAUUAGCGACGCAGGGGUUCGGUCUUUUGGACUAAAUGACACCAUGACGUCGUUGUCAUGGCUGCAGCAGCUACUCGGUUCGCUUUUAUCCCAUAUAGACGGUUUAGCGUUAGCAAUAUUUCUGACGCUGUAUUUCUCGCUCUAUAUUCACUGCAAACGGCGGAAAGUCGGUAAUAUUCCUCCCGGUCCGACUCCGUGGCCGGUAGUCGGUAACUUCAGUCGUUUUCUCGUCCCUUCUUUCGUGUGGAAGAGGACUGAAGGAGGCCGCUCCGCCGAGGCGUCUCCUCAGGUGGUUUUAAUGCAGCAGGCCAAAGUUUACGGUGAUUUAUACAGUAUUUACGCAGGGAGGCAGCUGAUCGUUGUGCUGAAUGGUUAUGACGUCAUCAGGGAUGCGCUGUCGGACCAUGCUGACGUGUUUUCUGACAGACCAGACAUUCCCGCCAUCACCAUCCUGACAAAGCGCAAAGGAAUAGUUUUUGCACCUUAUGGGCCAGUGUGGAGAAAGCAGCGCAAGUUCUGUCACACCACACUCCGUAACUUUGGCCUGGGAAAGCUGAGCUUAGAACCUUGCAUCUUGGAAGGACUAGCCAAUAUCAAGACGGAACUGCUGCGACGAAGUGAGGAAUCUGGCAAUGCUGGUGUGGAUAUGGCUCCUCUCAUCAGCAACGCCGUGUCAAAUGUUAUUUGUUCAAUGAGCCUAGGCCAGCGCUUUCAUCACGAAGACCACAACUUCCGUACUCUGUUGGACCUGAUGGCACGUGGGAUGGAGAUCGGCGUGAACAGCCCUGCCGUCCUUAUCAACAUCUUUCCACUCCUGUACUACCUGCCUUUUGGGGUGUUCAAGGAGUUGCGACAGGUGGAAGAAGACAUCACAGUGUUUUUAAAGCGAAUCAUUACAGAGCAUAGGUCAACAUUAGACCUUCAGAACCCACGGGACCUUAUCGACAUGUACUUGAUGGAGAUGUUGAACCAGGAGAUGGCUGGAGAAGAGGACAGCAGUUUCACAGAGGACUAUCUCUUUUAUAUCAUAGGAGAUCUCUUUGUUGCUGGAACAGACACCACAUCUAAUUCAGUGUUAUGGAUUCUGCUCUACAUGGUGUUAUACCCUGAUAUCCAAGAGAAGGUACAUGCAGAGAUUGACGAAGUGGUGGGCAGACAUCGUGUCCCGUCUCUGACUGAUAAGGGAAGCUUGCCUUUUACUGAAGCGAUGAUCAUGGAGGUGCAGAGAAUGGCUGUUGUCGUGCCUUUGGCAAUUCCUCACAUGGCCACUGAAACGACAGUUUUCCGAGGCUACACGAUUCCCAAAGGGACCGUUAUUGUGCCCAACCUGUGGUCAGUUCAUAGAGAUCCCACUGUGUGGGAGAACCCGGACACUUUCAACCCAGCACGAUUCUUGGAUGCAAAUGGAAAGCUUCUAAGAAAGGAGUUCUUCAUACCAUUUGGAAUUGGCCGCAGAGUGUGCAUGGGAGAACAGCUGGCUAAGAUGGAGCUCUUCCUGAUGGUUACCACCUUAAUGCAGGCGUUUAGCUUCAGGCUACCAGACAGGAUGGCUCCUCCUCCUCUGCAGGGACGGUUUGGCUUGACGCUGGCACCGUGUUCAUACCAAGUGUGUGCGAGUCCUCGCUCAUGAUACUGCCUGGAGAAUUCACUGUUGCUCUGGACCUUGAAAACUGCUAAAUUAUUAU